AAAUGUAGAUGAGGUAAUAGAUGUGUUGUGAUUUUCUGCACUAGAGAUUCACUGUGUAGGUUUAACCUCAAUGUGGAAACAUAUGCAGACAAAGACACACAGCAGCUAUAAGUGACUGAUGUGAAACAGAAUUGUCAACUCAACAAUCAGUCAACUCGAUGGAGUGGGAAGAUUUGAAAGUCUAGCGAGUUUUAUGAGAAGGCGGCCAGAGUGAUGAACUCAGACCAGGAAAGGCCGUUCAUGUGCAACGCUCCUGGCUGUUCUCAGCGAUUCCCCACGGAGGACCAUCUGAUGAUACAUCGACACAAACAUGAGAUGACCCUUAAGUUCCCCUCCAUAAAGAACGACAACAUGUUAUCAGACCAGACGCCCACACCAACAAGAUUCUUGAAGAACUGUGAGGAGGUGGGAUUGUUCAGUGAACUGGACUGCUCUAUCGAGCAGGAGUUCUGCAAAGCCCAAGAAGAAGAGGACAGUAAACAGACCAUCUCACUGCAUGGCCAGGCAGGCCAAGGUCAGCACCAGCAUUCCCACUCACGGAUGGGCAACCACGAUACCAGCAUAGUGAUCCAGCAGGCCUUGCCCUCUCCUCAGUCCAGCUCCGUCAUCACUCAGGCUCCAUCCACCAACAGACAGAUAGGGCCUGUCCCCGGCUCUCUGUCCUCAUUGCUGCACCUACGAAACAGACAGAGACAGCCUCUGCCAGCCUCCAUGCCUGGAACUCUGCCAGACCCGACCAUGCCUGGCUCCUCCGCUGUGCUGAUGCCUAUGGAGAGACAAAUGUCCAUGGGUUCCAAUAUGAUGGGUAUGCAAGGACCCACCCACAGCAGCUCCUGCUCUUCCACUCACAUUCCCUCCAUGCACUCAGAAGCCAAACUGAGGCUGAAGGCUGCACUUUCACACCACCCGGGUGCCAUCGCCAACGGCAACAUGAACUCCAUGGGCCACAUGAUGGAGAUGAUGUCAUCGCGGCAGGAGCAAGGCGCCCACCAUCACAUGCACUCGCACCCGCACCAGCACCUGCAAGCCCCUCCCCACGCGUACCAGCACCACGGUCAUCACCACCACAACCAGGGCCACGGCCAGGGUGGACACCACCACCCGCAGGGACACAAUCCCCAUCACAACUCUCACAAUCCCCACCUCCAUCCCGGGCACCCACACCAGACCUCACCGCACCCUCCAAUGCACUCUUCUUCACAUAUGUCACCUGCGACACAGCAGAUGCAGCCCACGCAGACACUGCAGUCUCCGCCCCCCAGCGGCGGGCGGCGCAGGCGAGUAGUGGACGAGGACCCGGACGAACGUCGGCGGAAGUUUCUGGAGCGAAACCGAGCUGCAGCAACAAGAUGCAGGCAGAAGAGAAAAGUGUGGGUGAUGUCAUUAGAGAAGAAAGCAGAAGAGCUCACUCAGACCAACAUGCAGCUUCAGAAUGAAGUGACCAUGCUAAAGAACGAGGUGACCCAACUCAAGCAGCUUCUCCUCACACACAAGGACUGUCCCAUCACCACUAUGCAGAAAGAGUCCCAAGGUUACCUCAGUCCAGAGAGCAGUCCGGCGGGCAGUCCAGCACCAGUGUGCUCCCAGCAGCAGGUCAUUCAGCACAACACCAUCACCACCUCCACCACAACCGUAGGGGGCAGCAGUGUUCACGGGCAAACCAACCACCGCACAGACAUUAACCCCAUCCACUAGGGACAGGAGAGACUUUAACCCCAGCUGUAGCCCCAAUCCCCCCACCCCUACCCUGCUUUCUGAGGGUUGCCAGCUGCACAUGCUGCCCACCCCCCCACUCCAUCAAGAAAAACCUCAAAGGCCUGUGAGGCUGUUCUUUAUACAGUAGCUACAGUAUGUAUUUUUAUACACCAACCCUAUUAAUGCGUAAAUGUUCUAUGGUUUGUUGCCUCUUUUUUUAAUCAGUUUUUUUUUUUGUUUUGUUGUGCUUUUAGUGAAAAGGGAGUUUUCUCGUGCAGCAUUUAAGUGGCUUUUUCUGUUGUGUAAUGGUACAAAAUGGACCACGGUGGUCAUGGAACCAGAGGAAAGAGACAUUAGCCUCAGACUGUCAUCUGUAUAAGCAAACUUUACAUCUCUGUAUGCCUGAUGGACUGAAAAAUGAGUCAAAUCUCUGAAUAUCACAUGUGGACAGUAUGUUGAGUGUGUGCAACAGACUCUGAAUAAGUGAGUGGGAUGUUGCUGCCUUUAAGUUGUCUUCUGAAACCAAGUCAAACUGUCACCCUGAUGUCUUGAAGACAGGAAUAUGCAAGCAGGUGUAAUGAUCCUCUUCUUUCCUAGAAACGUAUAUGACUGUUAACCUUUUCCCUGUCAGCGGUAUUCUUAAAGAUUGUUAUAAAGUACAGCAUGACAGUGAAAAAAAUGAUCAAAUUGAAGCAAUACACCGCAGUAUUGAUCAUCUUCUCUACUGUAUGUCCACAUUAUGAUUAGAAUGGCCAAGCCACUCUGGUCCCAGAGGACAUACGAUGCUGUUACAGCUACAGAACUGUACACUGUGAUACCAGCGAGGCAGCUCAGGGGUUUGAAACAAACUCCUCCGCUCUCCAGGACCAACUGAAGCUUUAAUUAUUCAAGCCUCUUUUUGUGUGUUUGUGCAUCUGGAUCCACACUUUGGAUUCAAAUCCCAAAUUAAUAUAACAUUCAAUUGCGUGCGUCUGCAUAGUUUUGAGUGUGCAUGUGAAUUAUGCAGAUUAUGCUUUCGAGUUUUGUCUUCUUUCCUCUGCAGAACAAAGUUCAGCAGGUGCGUAAAGAAAGAAAAACAAAACAAAUCUGUGUGAGUGUGUCACUGUGAGCAUGAUGGGUCGUCCCACAACUGGCAAAGUGUGUUACAGUUUCUAAAGAGGAGCAGUUUAUGCCUGUGCUUUCCAAAAUGUCACAACGUGCCUGAAUCUUUCUUAAAAUAUUUUGUUGGCUUACUUUAGACAGGAAAACAUCACUCUUUUUUCUUCAAACAAUCAAAACCGUUUAAUUCUCAAUGUAUUAUUAAUGAGUUUUCUCUGUUAUUGGCUGCAUGUGAGGGCAGCUGACCAAGGAAAAAAAUACCCGUUUUCCAUUUCAUCAGUUUCUCUUCAUCUCUCUCUCAGGCCUCCUCUACAGUUCAGAUUGGCGAUGGAUGUACUGAUAAUGAUAUAGACUUUACCUUUUAUUAAUCUCCCUUCCAGCCUUGAAACUUCAUGCCUUCUCAUGUUGACCACAACUGCCCUUUCUCUCUUUCCUAUGACCAGGAAUGUCGAUUCAUUAGCAUGAUGACCAUAAUGCACUGUGUUUUGCAGUAGGAUGGAUUAAAUACAUUCCACUGACAGGUGGAGCGGUCGCAGAGCUGUCUAUGCACUUUGUCCUCUGUCAUGCCAGAGGGUCGAAUAGCCAUAUUAAGGUCCGAGUAAUUCUCAGUGAACCCCUUUUUCACACACCAGCGAGAAACUAAACUGUGUUUGGCUUUAUGGAGAGACUGUGCCUGGGAUGCAUCACAUGUCUUUAGAUAGAAGAAGGGAACCUAGAGCUUGUAAUGUGGGAUGAGGCUCAAUGCAGGACCCUGCCCCAUUACAUUUUUGCCCUUUUUGAAAAACAACUCCAGCUCCAGUUUUGUCAAAGAUGAAGGGAAGAAUAUCUGAUCCUCAUAUUGGGUUACAUUAAAAUUUUAUCAAAGCAUUCCGACUGUUUAUGUCAUGUCUUAACUUUAGAGUCUGUGUAUGCAGUUUGAUAUGAAUGUUGAUGAAACAACUGAUUCUCUUGAAAAGGGCUUUGUUGUACCAACCCUUUAAACUGAAGCUUGCCUUAUUGUAGGUUGUUUUAUAAACCAUAUUUAGAUUGUUAGGCCAUUCCAAAUUAACCUCUUGCAUGUGAAAAUAUGGUAAUGACCUUAAAAUACUUUUAACUGGAAUAAUUUGGAGGAUCUUGCUAUUUUAGAGUUAGAUUUAGAAAGUCUAUAGUUUCAUUUAUACAGUGGAUCCAGGUUCAGAAAAAUACUGCAGAGGCAGACAAAAAUGGGCAGAUGGAAGUGCAGUGUGAGUGUGAAUGGAUUUGUGAGAGGUGGAGAAAGAUUCUACACAUUAAUGAUGUUAUAAUUGUAUUAUUUUAAAUCAAAAACUAUAAAUAUUGUACAUAAUGUCAUUAAUUUCUGUAAUCCUGUACAUGUAAUGCAACCACCUUUCUUUUUGAAGGGAGUAAAUGUGUGGUACAUGUUUGUAAAUAAUGUUUGCAUAGCACUUGUUGCCUUUUGUUGUACGUCAAGGCUCAUUUCAGCGCUUAAAUACAUUGUUUAUAUGUAAUGAACUGAUGAAUCCAUUCUUGCCUGCAUAACUUUGUACAUUUCCUGUGUCUGUAAUGACAUUAUCUCCAUUUUGUUUUGUUUUGCAUUUGUACAGAUGUUAAAGUAUCACUGCAGUUACAUUACGGUAUGAAAAUAAAGCACUUGUUCUGUAACAUACAA